AAAAGACACUCGAGCAGCUAUGUAUAUGCGAGGCGGGAGGUGGGAAAGAGAGAGAGAAGUCACAACAGCUUGAGGAGCGACCGGCGUGCUCCAGUUUCACUCUGACAGGCGGAGGGGAGCGGCGCGCUCCCUUUUACGCACAGCCAACACUACCGCGGGCCAUUGGAGGAACACUCCGCUGCGCUUAGCCUCACUUCACAGUGCGCGACACGCAAACGCAGCUGCACAGACGCUCAACAUUUGGAUACUUACCUGGGAAAAGCCUUUUAAAUCUCCGUAAACCGGAUUGGUAGUGCACACGGGCUUUUCACUUUUUGGAAGCUUUCGUUAAAUUCCUCAGAUUGAACUUUCAGAAGAAGACUUCUCACUCACUGUGAGACUUUCCCCGCUCAGCCAUAAAAGCAUCCACGCUGACUGGAGGCAGGACUGAACAGGGGGCUGAGAUUGCGCAAGGCCAGGGGGUGGCGCGGGGAGGCCGAGGCUGGACUCAGCCACAGAACGAGGUCUCGUAGGGGGGGAGGAGGUGCCUCCGGCCGGCCCCACGCAGAUGGAAUCUUCACGUUCGCUCCACCAUCAGAGCAGACGGUCAUCUCGGAGCUCCUGCAUGCUGUGACGACAAGGCGUUAAAAACAUGACACGCUGCGGCGGAUGCACAAGUCAAUCGAUGACACGGCGGGGGGCACGGACCGCUCCCGACCCCCCGUGCGCGCGCCUCUGCACGUCGUCCGGCGGGACCCGAUGGAGGAAUCGGAGGAAGGAGGCACCAGAGACGACCUCUGUGAUGUUGGCAAAGGUGCUACUGUGGGUGCUCCUGUUUCUGUUGCCUCUGGUCGACGGAGCUCGCGUUAAAGCCGGUGCUGCCGGUGCAGGAGUGGACUCGGGUCACAUGGCGGGCCUGCUGGGAGGCCAGAAGAAGCGUCAACUUCAUGUGACGCUGCCAGAGGUGAUGGAGGACGAGGCGCAGGAAGACGACGACGACCCGUACUCUCCAUGGCAUCCUCUUUAUGACCCUUUGGUCAUCGAUGAAGCGGACGAUCAUCCGAGCACUCGCUGGGCGGGCCGCACGCCACGUUCCUCGGACCCCUCCGAACCGCAACCGAAAGGCUCGCCUAAAAAAAAGAAGAAGAGGAAGAGGAAAGAAAAGGACGAGGCCGAGGACGCGGUGAAGGGAGACGGAAAAGGCCGUGGUAAAAACAAGCAGCCGAAGCAGAGCAGCCGGGACUGCCGGAUAGAGAAGCGAGAGAUGAAAGUCCGCGAUCUGGGACUAGGCUUCGACUCGGACGAGAUCGUCCUCUUCAAAUUUUGCGUGGGUUCCUGCCAGUCUUCCAGGACUAACUACGACCUGGCGCUGAAAGCUCUGAUGCAGAACGGCUCGCUCCUGCGACGUACCGCCCGCAAGGUCAGCAACCACCCGUGUUGCCGACCCGACCGAUACGAGCCAGUGUCCUUCAUGGACGCUCAGACCACCUGGAGGACCAUCCAGUCCUUAUCUGCUGCCAGCUGCAUUUGUAUGGGCUGAAGGAGCCGACAGCCAACUUGAGAAAUGCACCAAAGACAGAUGAAGGAGGAAGUGAUGGAGGCCACGUCCUGUUUUAGUUUUUUCUGUCAUGGAGAACGAGGUCUGGGUGCAGCUAAUGACUAGGCCAGUGUUUCUCAAACGUUAUUGAGCCAAGGCACAUAUUUUACACAAGAAACAUUCUCACAGCACGCCACCUAACUAAAAUGUAACCAAAAGUGGAUGCACAGGUUAGUCGUAAGAAUUCUGCCAUCUAGUGGAAGAGCUUUUCAAUUGUUCUGCCUGUCACUAUAUGCCGCUAGAUAGUUCAGCAAAGAUAAAUUAUUCAUAGUAAAUAAAUCAUUUACGAACAAGCGGCCUGAUGAGCUCUUACGGCACACUGGUUGGGAAUCACUGGCCUGGGGGCAAAGGUCACAAUCAGAGCCUAAGAGAAGGCUUUCUAUAAAGCUGUUUGAGCAUUUAUUCGAUUUCCUUGAUAUCCACCUUAAAGUACAUGUACUAGUACUCGAUGUCUUUACUGCUAAAACAUUUCAGCACUACAGCAACUCUUUUUUCCAUUCCUGCCUACCACCACUGAAUGACAUUACUGCACACUAGUAGGGCAGCUUUCGCACACUAGUAGGAAAUCUACACACUAGUGAGCCAAAACAGUUAACUAGUUGACAUCUACAUGCUACUAGUUGGAAUAAAUGCUCAAACAGCUUUCCGUAAAGCCGUUCGAGUAUUUAUUCAAUAUUCUUGAUAACCAGCUUAAGAUCCAUGUACUCGUAUGCUCUUUGUCCUCACUAGUAGGAAAUUAGGAAGUAAAACAUUUGACGAGUAACACACAGUCAAUCUAAUAGCAUGCUGAAUUGUCUUACUAGUUUAAGAGUGUCAAACGCAUUGUAGUUCAAAUGUAAAAGGGGCAAUACCACUGAAAUCUUACCAUACCUGAUAUAAUAGAAAAUAAUAGAUACAAAUUGUAGUAAUGAUUGUAUUUGAAGGCACAGAAAUUUAAGCCAUAGGUAUCUUGAACUGAAAAAUAUAGCAUUUCACUUAAAAAUGUAAUCAAUUUAUGAAGACCUAGGAAUUAUUACCAUUCCAUUUUUUACAUGAGCAUAAUAAUCUUCAAAAUUAUCCUUAGUCCCCACCACCACAAUGUUUUUUGUAUUUUUUCACUUUCAAAUUCAUCCUGUGAGCCGGAUUGUACCACCUAGCGGGCCAGUUUUGGCCCACGGGCCAUAUGUUUGUCACCAGUGCACUUGUGCGAACAAAGCCCGUACUAGUACACGGACCUUCAGCUGGAUAUCAAGUAUAACGAAUAAAUGCUCAAACAGCUAUCCACAGAAGGCCACCAUGGAGCCAACCAUAUGGAUUUCUUGUUACGAGACAACUCUUUUUCUUCUAUCCAGCGUUUGUUGCAGACUCACAGACUGGACGAUAUGAACGUGACUGCUGUGAUUUUUUUUUUACAUGCAUGACUGCCCAAAGUCUGAGACUCACGAGACAGCACGAGCAGCGACUGAGUGUUCAUCUUGGAAAACAAGCAAACAGACGGCGGUGAAAUGUUCAAUAUUUACAACUCACAGUGAUGCCAGCUCUUCCCAGAAGUUCAAUAACAAGUAAAUGGGUUCAAUGUUCAAGUGAGCUCAGCCAAAUGGAUGCCAUGCAUCUUCACGUAUUACUGUAUAAAAGUAAAAUAUAUUUAUUUCUGAUAAAUUAUUUAUUUAUUAUAGCUUCCCACGAGAGCUGUUUUAUUCCACUUUGUAUUGUAGAUGUAUAUCUAUUUAUUGCCAAAAAGUUGGAUUUCAUAUUAUUUUUGCUCCCGCCAUACACAAUGUACAUACUUCAUAAAGGUGCUGAAUCUCUUUUUCAGAGUAGUCCAAUGCCUCAAAAAAGAAGUCAGACUGAGUAUAGCAGAUGCACAGGCUGGAUUUGUUUUAGUGAAAACAACACCUUGAUAAAAUCUUCACUGCAAACUGACGUCCGGUCGAAUGUCAUUGUGUGCAUAAUAAAUAUCCUUGCUUAAAAGUACCUCACACACUUGAGCCUGAUGAUUGAUUGAA